AUGGAGUUUCGCAAACACAACCCGCCGCCCAAACACAACCCGCCGCCCAAACACAACCCGCCGCCCAAACACAACCCGCCCCCCCAAAAACAACCCGCCCCCCAAACACAACCCGCCGCCCAAACACAACCCGCCCCCCAAACACAACCCGCCGCCCAAACACAACCCGCCGCCCCAAAAACAACCCGCCGCCCAAACACAACCCGCCCCCCAAACACAACCCGCCGCCCAAACACAACCCGCCCCCCAAACACAACCCGCCCCCCAAAAACAACCCGUCGCCCAAACACAACCCGCCGCCCCAAAAACAACCCGCCCCCCAAACACAACCCGCCGCCCAAACACAACCCGCCCCCCAAACACAACCCGCCGCCCAAACACAACCCGCCGCCCAAACACAACCCGCCGCCCAAACACAACCCGCCGCCCAAACACAACCCGCCCCCCAAACACAACCCGCCGCCCAAACACAACCCGCCGCCCAAACACAACCCGCCGCCCAAACACAACCCGCCGCCCAAACACAACCCGCCGCCCAAACACAACCCGUCGCCCAAACACAACCCGUCGCCCAAACACAACCCGCCGCCCAAACACAACCCGUCGCCCAAACACAACCCGCCGCCCAAACACAACCCGCCGCCCAAACACAACCCGCCGCCCAAACACAACCCGCCCCCCCAAAAACAACCCGCCGCCCAAACACAACCCGCCGCCCCAAACACAACCCGCCGCCCAAACACAACCCGCCGCCCAAACACAACCCGUCGCCCAAACACAACCCGUCGCCCAAACACAACCCGUCGCCCAAACACAACCCGUCGCCCAAACACAACCCGCCGCCCAAACACAAUAGUAUCCGGGGCAGUAAGCCUAAACACCGGUCAAAGAUGA